AUGAAGGCCAGUGCGAAGAAGCCUUUGCCGUUGAACUCCAAAAAUGCCCAGAACUUGAGUGCUGCAAACAUCGACUUCUACAUCCUAUCGGCCAUGGUUUUCGGCAUUGGCCUGGCCAUGUUCCUAUGCCCGAUCGUGCCAGGAAGUGCCGUUUAUCUCUUUGCCGGCGUUGUGCUGGGUGCGCAGUCUCAACUGCCGGGUCGGCCUGGAUUUAUUGUUGGCAUAGCUGCUGGAGUCGUCGCGAGCUCCGUAGCAAAACAUGUAGCGUGCGUCGGCCAGUACCUCAUAGGUUACUACGCUGGCAAGUUCGUGAAGGUUCAGCAGAUGGUGGGCGUUGAUCAGGUGCCCACUCGUGCCACUGAGAAGAUUCUGAAGACACCGGGGUUGGGCUUGGGCAAGGUCUGCAUCCUCAUCGCAGGACCCGACUUUCCCACGAGUGUCCUCUGUGGCAUUCUGAAGCUCAACAUUCCGCAGAUGUUGCUAGGGACAACGCCAAUCGUCCUAGUCAGCAUCAUUCCGCAGGUCACAGUCGGAGCGCUGCUGACGUACCAAGCUCCGGAAGACAAUGAGAGCUCCAGCAAUAUCCAAUCAAUGAUAUCCAACAUCGUGACUGGCUUUGCAGCAGCCAUCCAGGCCUCGGCGAUGUUACUCUUCACCUGGCGCAUCAUGAAGACAGUCGAGCAGGACGGUGAGGAACUUGCCAAACCUCGACCGGAGCAUGCGGCAGUUGCCCAGCUGACCGCACAGGAAGCGGCUUAUACUGCCGCGUUCAAGGAGGUCUCUCGGUGGCAGGCCAUGUCCUGCGCACAAGCAUCUGUGCUGCUGCUGGCCGUCGCGUCCAUUGUCUUUUCUGGUUUUGUCAUCGCUGCAGACUUUAUGCUCACGGAGAAAUUCUGCUUCCGGAAUUUCGCCAUCACGAACAAGAUCAGUGACGCAAUUGAUCUUGGAGGUCUAGACAACAAUGCCUGGAACAUCGCAGCUUGCCUGCAACAGAUGGUCUGCCAGAUCAUCUUUGGCAAGAUGAUCUCUGGCGCCGCCCGAGCCUUCAGGUCUACCGCCCUGAAGAGCAACGCCACGCCGAUUCUCCUGGGCCAAAUGUUCUCGGACGCGCAGAGCCAGACAUGUCAUGUUGCUUUUGUCCAGCUAGAUGUCAAGAAAGAUGCCGCGAUUAUGCUCCUGAUGCGUUUGUUGCUGACAUGCGGAGCCAUGCCCAAGCAACACAAAGACGGGAGGGGCAAGGGCCUGCCGGAUCACGACCAUGUGCACGCGAUGACCACAAGCUCUUGGUUCGAUUGGCUGAACUGCUGCGGCGACCGGGAGACGGCGGAGGUGGCCGAUUCCAGUGAAAGCCUGACCGCGCUGGCCAGGGAGGGGGAAGAAGCGGCAGAGUGGCAGAUCGUACAGCGGGGUGUUGAGCAUGCUGAAUUUCUUCGAUUGCUGCAACUCCGAUCACGGCUGCGGGAUUGCGACGAUCAUCCUGCGUGCAGAGAGCAGGUGCUCUCGCGGCAGCCACAGACUCUUCUUCGUUUCUUGCGAGCCCGGAAUGGCGAUCUGCAGAAGGCGGAGGUGAUGUUCAAGGCGAUGCUCGAGUGGCGCCAUGCUUUCGGAGUCGACGAGAAGGUCCAGCAAUGGAGAACGGAGCUUGAAAAACAAAGCACCCAGCGAAGCAUUCAGAUGAGGAGAUUUGAAACGGAUGUGGAGCUUUGCCGGGAUAGAUAUGGCGUGCCUGUGCGGCUGAUUCGGACAAGCGUUGCUGACGUCCAGGGUUUGGUUCGCGAGUUUGGCAAAGACCUCGUUCUGAUUGAUACCAUCAUGCGCAUGGAGCGCACUCACGAGGAGAUUCGCCGAUCAAUGUUCGACAGGGAGGAGCUGAUAGCGGGUCAGCUCCAGAUCAUUGACAUGGGUGACUACGGCCGCCACGGCGUCCCAAAUCUGACAAGCCGGUUGUUCUCGAGCCUCAAGCUUGCUGCAGAGAUUUCACAAAUCACAGAUGCAAACUAUCCCGAAACGGUGCGGAAGGCAUUCAUAAUCCGCCUUGGCUCAUGCACCAGCACAGCCUGGCGAUACUGCAUCCAACCGCUGCUUCCAGAGCGGACUCAGAACAAGUUGGUUCCAUGCGGCCCGAAG